GCAACGUGUCUCUGUCUGUCACUACACCUCCUAGAAUUUGACGAAUUUUUCGUUUACAAAAUACUGGGAUUACCGGCCACCCCUUCGAAGAUUGUCUAAUCCGUAAAAGAAACAACUUGGAAUCAUUUUCCACACCUUGUCAGAAAGAUGAAGUUCGUGAUAUUUGUGAUACUUUUUUACUGCUUUAAUAAUAAUAUUGGGGCGACAACGAAAAUAGACGCACAGGAAUUACGGUGUUUGGUUUGCAAGAUUAGUUUACAAGAAUUAGAUAAGGCAGUCAAUAAAAUCGAUCCCACGAAAACUGUGGAUAUUGGAGGUUAUCGUUUGGACUCUGAUGGAAAUUAUGUUCACAAAUCCGUUUCACAGGCCAAAUCAGAAAUUCAUUUAUCUGAACUAAUUGAAGAUAUUUGUACAAAAAUGGAUGACUAUGUGAGAGCCACGUGGAAGACAAAUGGAACACUAACUUUGUUGAAACUUAUUACCGAUGAUGGCAAGAUGAAUAGUGACAUGGCUGAAGUCGAUUUAAUCCAAGAUGACGAUUUAAACAAAAGUCUCAAAUACUAUUGUGAGGGUAUAAUGGAAGAAUUAGAAGACAACAUUAUAAAACAUUUUCAAGACGAUUCAGAAAAUAUACACACCAAAGUUUGCGUCGAAGAAUCAAAAAUUUGUCGUUCUGGAAAACGUGUUAGUGAAGAGUUAUAACAUUUUAUGAGAUUACAAAUCAUGAUUAUGUGCCGUUAUCAGUGCUUCCAUGAGUAGUUGAGUAGUUAAUGUAUUUAUUUUAAUAAACUAUUUUUAAUUGUUA